CUAUGAAAUGAAAUUGAGUGAUAGGAAUCUUCGGGAACAAUCCAUUUUCCGUUGGAUUUAAUCAGCUUCCAAUCUAUUCUCCUUCCUUUCGCCUCUGUUUCUUUCUCAUCCUUCCAAUACAGAUUUAAUCCUUUCUGUAACGGACGGUAGCUACAGAAAAAAAUGCGGGGUUCUGUUGCACUCGUGCUGCCUCCAAAAUGCAGGUUCUGGCAAAAGUACUCGAUGAAAGGAUCACGGGGAUUGUUGACGACUCCAAUACCUAAGAAACAAGAGGAGAAUGAAGCUAGCAAAAUUAGGAUAAAGUUGGCUGACCCAAUAGUCGCCUAUAGCAAGCCUCCACCACUUCCUCCUGUUAUUGGACCGUUGGUUGUUCUCUCGUUGCUAGAGAGUACUGAUGAAAGAGACAAGUGAUGUGAUAUCUAACCCUCUGGUGCUAGCAGUUCUUAAGACGAAGUAUAUGCUAAGUAGUGUGAUCCUUAAUUGAAGAAAGUCUUGGAAAUAAAAAUCACUAGAGUGAUUGCAGAGCUUAGUAAUCGAACAAAGAAACUCCAUAGCUUUAUGUAGCCAUCUAGGAGAGGAUGAAGCCAGCAUGCUAUAAAUAUAUUGUAAACUUUCAAUAUCCAUGAUAGUAUCACAUGAGGACUUCUCAAGAACCCUGCAGGAACAUGCACUUGUGUAUGUUAAUUGAAGUUUUUUGGAUGGCUAAAAGGAUUUGUAAAAUACAGGAACGAUGACUUACA